AUCAAUGUGCUCCUCCAAGCUUUUAUCUCUCAGCUGAAACUCGAAGGUUUUGCCCUAAUGGCGGACAUGGUCUACGUCACUCAGUCUGCCGGACGGCUCAUGCGUGCCAUCUUUGAGAUUGUCCUUAACCGUGGCUGGGCACAGCUCACCGACAAAACCCUCAACCUUUGCAAGAUGAUUGACAAGCGAAUGUGGCAGUCCAUGUGCCCCCUCCGACAGUUCAGGAAACUGCCUGAAGAGGUGGUGAAGAAAAUUGAGAAGAAAAACUUCCCAUUUGAGCGACUCUAUGACCUGAAUCACAACGAAAUAGGAGAGCUCAUUCGGAUGCCCAAGAUGGGGAAGACGAUCCACAAGUACGUCCACUUGUUCCCCAAGUUGGAGCUGUCUGUCCACUUGCAGCCCAUCACCAGGUCUACUUUGAAAGUGGAGCUAACCAUUACUCCUGAUUUCCAGUGGGAUGAAAAGGUCCAUGGUUCUUCUGAAGCCUUCUGGAUUUUGGUGGAAGAUGUGGACAGUGAGGUGAUCCUCCAUCAUGAGUAUUUCCUUCUGAAGGCCAAGUAUGCUCAAGACGAGCACCUCAUCACCUUCUUCGUGCCAGUUUUUGAGCCUCUUCCUCCGCAGUACUUCAUUCGGGUGGUCUCGGAUCGCUGGCUUUCCUGCGAGACGCAACUGCCAGUGUCCUUCCGACACUUAAUCCUGCCAGAGAAGUACCCUCCUCCCACUGAACUGCUGGACCUGCAGCCCCUGCCAGUCUCUGCGUUGCGGAACAGCGCAUUUGAGGGCCUCUACCAAGACAAGUUCCCUUUCUUCAAUCCUAUCCAGACCCAAGUAUUCAAUACGGUCUACAACAGUGAUGAAAAUGUCUUUGUGGGUGCGCCGACUGGCAGCGGGAAGACCAUCUGCGCUGAGUUUGCCAUCCUGAGGAUGCUGCUGCAGAACGUGGAAGGCCGCUGCGUCUACAUCACUCCCAUGGAGGCUCUCGCCGAGCAGAUCUUCCUAGACUGGUACGAGAAAUUCCAGGAGCGGCUCCUUAAAGUCGUCUUGCUGACGGGAGAGACAAGCACGGAUCUGAAGUUGCUGGGGAAGGGCAAUAUCAUUAUCAGCACCCCGGAAAAGUGGGACAUCCUGUCCCGGCGAUGGAAGCAGCGCAAAAAUGUGCAGAAUGUUAAUCUCUUCAUUGUGGACGAGGUCCACCUCAUUGGCGGCGAGAACGGGCCAGUCCUGGAGGUGAUCUGUUCCCGAAUGCGCUACAUCUCCUCGCAGAUCGAGCGGCCCAUCCGCAUUGUGGCCCUCAGCUCGUCCUUGUCCAAUGCCAAGGAUGUGGCCCAUUGGCUUGGUUGCAGUGCUACGGCCACCUUCAAUUUCCACCCCAAUGUGCGCCCUGUUCCUCUGGAGCUCCACAUCCAGGUAAGCCUCCCUCUCUUUCAGAUGGGCAGCUCUGACCACGCAGAGCUCCUCCUGCAAAUCGGUCCAUUGAUCAAGUUACCUCUGUGGUCACCUUCAUUGAUUGACAGAAGCUUUGUGUGAUGACCUGGGGCAUGGCACAGAGAUAUCACAGGCAGCUGGCACUUCAAACCGCCCCUUUGUUGCUCCAAAUUUCCCAAACGCUCCCAUGUUUCUGGCAAGUUCCAGAGCAAAGUGAGGACAGACAGACAGACAGACAGACAGACAGACACACACACACACACA